ACUCAUCUUACCCUAAGACUUCCACGCAUGCAAGUCUGUACGUAGAAACAUAAUUAUUCAACACCCUUCACAACAAACCAAACUAAUUACUAGUAGCCGCAGUAAUGUUUCUGCAUCAAUAUUUUUCUUGCUUUACAAUAUUAACCAUUCUAAAAGCAUUAGUUCAUGUAUCAGAUGCUCAGUUGAGCACCUGCUAUUACUCCACAAGCUGUCCUAAUGUCUCCAAAAUUGUUAGUAGUGUUCUUGAGGAGGCUUUCCAAUCCGAUCCUCGUAUUGGUGCCAGCCUUAUUCGCCUUCAUUUCCAUGAUUGCUUUGUCAAUGGUUGUGAUGGAUCGCUUUUGUUAGACAACAGCUCAUCCAUCAAAACAGAAAAGGAUUCGAUUUCAAAUGCAAACUCUACCAGAGGAUUUGAUGUAGUUGAUAACAUCAAAGCUGCGCUUGAAAAUUCUUGCCCUGGUGUUGUUUCUUGUGCUGAUAUUCUUGCUAUUGUUUCUGAAGCCGCUGUUUCAAUGUCAGGGGGUCCUUCGUGGGAGGUACCACUAGGGAGAAGGGAUGGCAGAAAAGCAAAUCGCAAAAAAGCAGAUGAUUGUAUUCCCAGAGGUUCUGAUAACCUAAGCAACAUCACUGCAAAAUUUUCAAGAGUUGGCCUUAAUUUAGUUGAUGUUGUCGCAUUAUCAGGCGCCCAUACAUUCGGAAGUGCACAAUGCAGAGUCAUCAGAGGUCGGCUCUACAAUUUCAGUGGCACCGGACAGCCUGAUCCAACGAUAAACACCAGCUACUUGAAAACUCUACAGGACAAGUGCCCGCAAACCGGCAACGGUCUAGGAUUGGCGAAUCUUGAUCCUGUGACAAACUAUACAUUUGACAAUCAGUAUUUCACUAAUCUGCAGAACCAUAUGGGGCUUCUCUCGUCAGAUCAAGAAUUGUUUUCGACAACUAACGCUUCCUCAAUCGAUAUCGUCAACACAUAUAGCAAGGAUCAAGCUACAUUUUUCGAAAACUUUGUCAAGUCGAUGAUUAAGAUGGGAAAUAUUAAACCUCUAACAGGGAAAAAAGGAGAGGUCAGAUUAAAUUGCAGGAAAGUGAACAACAAAUGAGUGUGUUAACAUAGACUAGUUAAAACUUUUUACCAUCAGUGCAAAUGAUGUAAUAAAGAAAUAACUGUCUCAACAGUUUUAUACAGUAGUAGUAGUACUGUUUUAUUUUUGCA